AUGGAUUCACGCGACUACGAAGUGAAGUUAGAGAAAAUGUAUGGUGCUUAUGGGCGUAUUCCGGACUCUUUGCGUGCGUCAGUUCUUGACAACGGACCUUACGUGGACAAUGGUCACAAUCCUCGGACAAAUGCUGACUAUAAUCAGCAAAGCAAACCGGAAUUAUUAAACCAUCAUUCAAUUGAGGGCAUAUUAGCCGGAAAGGGUCGUGGAGGAGACCCGCUUUUACAGCGACUGGAAGAUAUGGAUCAAGAUAUGAUGGAAAGUAAAGUGAUGAGGAGUUCCGAAGAGCGCGUCAAGUCGGAGCCGAACGGACAAACGAACUGUAACAAAUCUCCAGCAGACGACAGCAAAGUCAAAUGUAAACAAGAAUCAUCGGAUAUUAACGAAGACGGCGAUGAUAAAAAGGACGAUUCCAGUGAAAGUGGCGACCAAAAGGGUAAAAAGAGACGAAAUAGAACGACUUUUACAAGCUUCCAAUUAGAAGAAAUGGAACGAGUGUUCCAGAAAACACACUACCCUGAUGUUUACGCCCGAGAACAAUUGGCCCUCAGAUGUAAUCUGACAGAGGCGAGAGUACAGGUUUGGUUCCAGAAUAGAAGAGCCAAAUGGAGGAAAAGGGAACGGUAUGGACAAAUCCAGACAAUGAGGGCGAUGACUACAGGGGCCAACCCCUAUGACAUGCCCCUUGGUGCCAGGCAUGAUGCUUACUCUCAGAUCCAACAUAACCCAUGGGCCGGUAACCCACAGAUUCCGUACACUAUGCAAAACUCAACCUGCAUGGUCACCCACUCGAAUGUGCCAAAUUUCAUGGGUCUUGCCCAUCCUGGGCAUCUUGCUUCACAUCCGGGCGGUCCGCACCAACCUCCAACUCUGGCCCUGCAUGGCGCUCAGUCGCCUCCCCUUGACCCUUGUGAGAACGGUGAGCGACGGACGAGCAGUAUAGCUUCCCUCCGGCUCAAAGCGCAUGAACACAGUGUUGCUAUGGGCAUAUUUAGUGCAUAUGGAAAGUAA